UGAUUAUAACGUGUUGACGUUUUGAUCCGAGUUUCGUUUUCGCUUCUGAAUGCUGGAUGCUCGCUUUUAUGUUGACGACAGAACGAUGAGUUUUUCGGAGACCCGAUUAAAUAACCUGUUGGAGAAAUUGUAUCAUCAUCCAAAAGAAGUUAUAAAAGAACUUAAACAUGUACUAACAAUCUACAGAGGCCUGUCAGUGUAUUUUGACUUUUAUUGUCACAAAACUGGAUUCAAAAGUAAGCUGGUUAAUAUAAGUGGUACCAUUCCUGUGUCCUGCAAAGGGCGGGACAAGUUAUACAACUGACUGAUGGGUAACGAAACCCGGGGAGAAGGUCGAUAGCACGGUUGUAUGGUCGGUGUGGAGGAAGGGAAAGAGCUUGUUGUUCACUAAAUACCUGUCCCAGGUCAUGGUACUCUGCUGGAACCCUGGACAAGUCGGGGGAUUCCACGACAGGCAAGGUGAAAUUUACACCCUUCCAAUAACCAUGUGGUUACAUAAAGCACAUCCUCUGAAUCCUCCAAAAUGUUUUGUGAAGGGGCUACCAAUUCAUUACCAAAACCAUGGGGACCUUCUGGAUAAUGUCAGCGUGAAGUCUUCAGGUUACCUGUGCAAUUGGCAAUAUCCAAGAUCUCAUUUGGUGGGCCUUAUUGAAGAAAUAAAAGCAUCAUUCGUGAAUUCUUUACGUAAUUCACCAAAGAGUGCAGAUUCACAAGCACAUCUUCCUCAUGUUUCUCAUGCUUCAUCUCUUCAGGCAAGUUCCAGUCUGUUACCUGCAAGGCCAUUAUAUGAAGCUCAAAAAGGAACUUCUGAGGUUCAUUGUAUUGCAAAAGUGUCACCGUUGCAUUGUGGGGAGAAUGCUUCAAACAGUUCAGGGAAGAGAUCUUAUGAAACACAGCUGAUGGCUCCGGGGAUCAAAUUAUCACAACUGCCAGCAAAAGCUUCUCCUGUAGAUCAUGUAGCAAAGAAGAAAAUUGAUCCCGUAAAGCAAGCUGUAGAUCUCUUUCAAGAUUUGCAUAUUGACAAAGCGGCUAAUACGUUUGACCUGCUAACACCUACCCCAAAAAAUCAAGGUUUGUCUUCACAUGGUACUCAGGAUACAAGCUUGUUUGAGGACAAACGGAAAGUGCUGGUACUCAACACUCCUGCUGAAUUGCCAGAGCACAGGAUGAAAGAUAAGCUUGUCAUGUUUUUCCAAAGCUGUAGAAAUGGUGGUGGGGAAAUUGUUGACUUUCAGUAUCCAAAAAGGAUUGCAAGAUCUGCCAUUAUCACCUUUGCUGAUGCUAAAGUUGCAGAAAGAGUUGUCCAACAGCGACACCAUUUAUUCACUUAUAGUAAUAAAAUUUCUCCUGUGGAGUUGAAGUUUUAUGAUGAAACUAGAGUUUUGGCUGAAAAUGACAGUGGUAAAAAUAUUUCCACUGUGGAUGGGAGACGUAACCUCCAGAACUGGCAAGGAUUACCACCGAGUCCUAUUGACCCUUCAAAGAAAAAAUCAGAACUUUUUCAGCAAUUACUGAGCACAGAAGACCAGAAUUUCUGUGUUGAGGAUGUGAUGGAAGUUGUGCAGUCUGGUUUAAAUUAUGAAUCGGCUUUGCGGUAUCUCUCUCAUGAAUGUCCCAUUUGCAGUGAACGUGUAUCCUUUAGCAGGGUUGUCACAAUGACUCACUGCAACUGUUCUUUCUGUGAAAAUUGUUUUAAGAAAUAUUUCUCAUUGGUCAUAAAGGAACAAAGUAUUGUCAACGUAGUUUGCCCAAUAUGUAGGACCCCAGAUCUGAAAAGCCCCCAUCUCCAAGAGGGUAUCACAGAAUACUUCAGUUUCUUGGACAUCCAGAUUCGCCAUUAUCUUGAUGAAAAAACACAUGAAUUAUUUCAAAAAAAGCUACGAGACCGAACGCUGAUGGAAAUGCCAAACUUCAGAUGGUGUGCACAUUGUGUCUUUGGACUGUUGCAUGAUAUCAAUAGGUUGAGAAUGGAUUGUCCAUCCUGUAACAAAAGCACAUGCUCCCAGUGUAAGAUUCCUUGGGAGCAACAGCAUGAAGGGAUCAGCUGUGAACAGUUCAAGAUGUGGAAGCAGCAGAAUAACCCUGAGUAUCAGGCAAGCACGUUGGACAUCUAUCUCAGCAAGAAUGGAAUAGAUUGCCCCAAUUGUACUGCUCGAUUUGACUUGGCCAGAGGAGGAUGCAUGCAUUUUAAUUGCCCAGAAUGUCAAUAUCAGUUCUGUGGUGGCUGUAAAAGACCUUUUAAGUUAGGAUCGGCUUGUACGUUCAUGGAUAACUGUCUUGGAAAGGGUUUGCACGCCCAUCAUCCGCGGAACUGUUUUUAUUACCUCAGAGACUGGAGUGUGGAUCGGAUAAAGCAGCUGCUAAAUAUGGGGAAUGUUCCCUUGACUGGUUUCAUAACAGAUAAUAGUCUGGGUCAUAUGGAAGGUAAAUGUAAAGUUACUGAGCAGAGGGAAACCUCGCACGGUUUGAAGGAUGAGCAGUGCGGCCUACCUUCAGUGAAAGGCUAUGCGGGAUUCUGCAAUGUCCAUUUAAAACAGCACUUGGUUGAACUCGUGAAUAGAAAUAAUUUGGAUCCAGCUAUUCUAUACAGCAAAGAUGAAAUAUUAAUGGAAUUUGAACGCUGGAAUAUUCCUGUCCCGAAUCAACACCUUAAUGAACCAGAAGAACAAUUUAAACAAAGGUUAAGAAAUAAAAUCAUGAACGAGUUAAAACUGGACAAUCAACAAACUGUUUUUGCCAAGAAUUCGUGAUUGCUUACAUCCCUUCAGUCAAAUGUAAUUCUGAGAAAUGUAAUUAUCACAGUGGGCUAGAAAUUCUCACAUGGUUGAAAAAGAAGGCUUCACUGACACUACAUGGAGACUUGAGCCAGUAUCACACACCAUAAAGGAAUUGGCUUUUUUGUGUGAAAAUUGCAGCAAUACAUGCAGAUAAGUAUUUUGCACGGUUCUGUAUAGUUACAUUUAGUAACUCGACCUAAGAUGCACUUUCCUACCUUAGUGGAAGCUUACUGUAUGACUUCUCCAUGGGAACCACUGACUCAAGUAUCGGGGUCAACUUUGUACUUAAGUAGUAGCUGGAAUAUGGGUAAAUUGCUAAAUUAUUGUCACAUUGAUUUAAGCAUGAAAGUGUUUAAUUUUUAGAAAGCUAACAUACAAGUGCAGCAAGUAAUAUGGAAGGCAAAUGUUAUCUUGACCUUUAUUAUAGAAUGCAAGAAUAAAGAGGAUUUACUGUAACCACUUGGGACCUUGGUGAGACCAAACCUGGAUUAUUGUGUAAAGAGUUAGGUCUCCUUACCAGAUGGAAUGCAAUAAAAAAAUCACCAGAUUGACUUAUGGAAUAGUGGGUUUUCCAGUGUGGAGAGAUUGUGCAGAUGACUGUAAACCCAAGAGGUGGAUGAUAAGUGAAAAUUUCGUUGAAUAUCCCAGAGAAUGCUCUGGGUGGCAAUGGAAACCAGUAUCAAGGGUCACAGACCAACAAUAGGGCAUAGGCCAUUUAGCACUGAGUAGUAAUUACCUCACUCAGAAGAUGAUGAAUAUCAUGGUGGGGUAUGAUUUCCUACAUAUAUAUACUUGCUGUAAUACAUCUUUAAAUUUUUUUCUAUAUUUAUUAUGUAUCACAUUGUACUGCUGCCGCUAAAUUAACAAAUUUCAUGACAUAUCCAGUGAUAUUAAACCUGAUUGUGAUUCUGAUCCUCAGUUGUUGGGUUCAUUCAAACAGAAAUCAAAUUCUUUGUUGUUUGGCUUCAUGGAAGUGAAAGGAUAUGGGGGUAAGGCAGAAAAGAUGGAAUAAUGGAUGAACAAUAAAAUAGCCAGCUAGUGGUGUGGUGGCAUCCACACUGGACUUGGAGGCGAGUGGUCCUGGGCUUGAAUCUAGCUGGCUGCCCGCACGCUUUCCAUCUGUGCCGGGUUGAGCAUCAGGCUAGCAACUCGGGUUCAUAAAAAAAAAGGACAAAUAUUGAAGAAAUGGCAAGGUGGCUGCCCGAUGCACACCCUGCCAUGUGUAGCUGGAUCCUGGACUUCCUGUUAGAUUGCCGGUGGGUGUUAAGAGUGGGCUCCCUCACCUCUGCCCCUCUAACCCUCAACAAAGGUGCCCCUCAGGGCUGUGUCCUAAGCCCCCUCCUUUACUCUCUGAAUACCCAUGAGUAUGUCACUAUCCACAGCCCCAAUCUGCUAAUUAAAUUUGCUGAUGAUACUACACUGAUUGGCCUAAUCUCAAAUAAUAAUGAGACAGCCUACAGAGAACAAGUCAUCACCCUGACACAGUGGUGUCAAGAAAAUAACCUCUCCCUCAAUGUCGCAAAAACAAAGGAGCUAGUUGUGGACAACAGGAGGAAUGGAGAGAGGCUAACCCCUAUUGACGUCAAUGGAUCUGGGGUUGAGAGGGUGAACAGCUUUAAGUUCCUCAACAUGCAGAUCACCGAGGAUCUCACGUGGUCUGUACAUACCGGCUGUGUGGUGUAAAAGGCACAACAGCGCCUCUUUCACCUCAGGUGGUUGAAGAAGUUUGAUAUGGCCCCCCAAAUUCCUAAGAACUUUCUACAGGGGCACGAUUAAGACCAUCCUGCCUGGCUGCAUCACUGCCUGGUAUGGGAACUGUACACUCCUUAUUCACAGGACUUUGCAGAGAGUAGUGCGGACGGCCAGCACAUCUGUAGAUGUGAACUUCCCACUAUUCAGGACAUUUACAAAGACAGGUGUGUAAAAAGGGCCCGAACGAUCAUUGGGGACCCAAGUCACCCCAACAAAAAACUGUUCCAGCUGCUACCAUCCAGAAACGGUACCACAGCAUAAAAGCCAGGACCAACGGGCUCCAGGACAGCUUCUUCCAGCAGGCCAUAAGACUGGUUAGUUCAUGCUGAUACAAUUGUAUUUCUAUCUUAUAUUGACUGUCCUGUUGUACAUACUAUUUAUUAUAAAUUACUAUAAAUUGCACAUUGCACAUUUAGACAGAGAUGUAAAGUUUUUUACUCCUCAUGUAAGUAAUGAAAUCAAUUCAAUUCAAUACGAUGUACAGAGAAGAACAACAACAAUAAAUACUGGUUUUGCCAA